AUGGCUCGUGCUCCACUCCCGGAGCAGGAGCUCGAGCUCGUGGCCACCUUCCGCGAGGUGGUCCUCGCAGGCUGGGCGAGCGCCGUGCGGCCUCGGCCCCGUGGUAUGAGGUCGUCGUUCCCGGUGGGCGAGAUCCAAGAGUCCAGGGAGCUCGUUCCGACCAAAAGCCUGGACUCCCGCCCGGAUGGAUCACCUUGGCUCGGUUCCAUGGACCGCAUUCUCACUCCCUUGUCUCUGGACGACCUCGGGCGUUUCUCCCUCGGGCCCGCCGUACACGACGUGAGGGCAGUCAUCGGGGACACGGUGUGCAACGCGAUGCCCUACUGCAUCUGCCCUGCUACGCGCACCAUUGUCCUUGUCCAGCAUGAUCCUGGUUUCUCUCCCACGGAUGCGCCCUUCAUGUUUGUGGGACAGCGACAGAGUGUAAAGCGAAUUGUCGCAGUCCCGUGGCAACAGGCAAUUGCUUUGGCUGAGUCCCUUCCAGAGGCGAAGGACAUGGGCCCCGUGCUGCUCAUUCAGAUGACUGGCCGCUGUGGUUCCACCGUCUUGACGAAAGCAUUGGAGUGGCUGGAUGUGGGCUGCCAGUCUGUGUCCGAGCCGGACUUCUUCGCUCACGUGCACGAGAUGCUUGAGCGAGGUCUUUGCUCGCGCGAGGAAGCUGUUCGCGUGACCCGGGCUGCUGUUCUGAUGCUGGUGCACCAGAGACGGCGAUCACAUCCGGACAAGCAGGUUGUCGUCAUCAAGAACCGAACGUUGGCACCCCUUUGGCGCUCUUGCGAUUUGAUGCCCGAAGCGCUGCCACAAGUACAACAGCUCUUCCAGUGGCGGACGGUGGAGGACGUGAUUGGCUCGUUCAAUGCAGCUACGGAGUCUAAUAUGGUUUCAGGUUCUGCUAAAUACCUCGCUCAGCACAGCAUGGACGGUGUAUUCUGGCCCCUCAGUGGCAGCCCUGCGGUGCGGUGGAUGGAGCGCAUGGACACGGCUCUGCGUGAGGAUCCUCUCUUGGCGUUACCAGGGUUGGAGCUGCCAGAUCUGAGUCCGCAUCAUUUUGCACGUCAUGGGGCGUUGGGCUUUCUCACGUUCAUGAGCAUCGUGGACUCGCAUGUCGCAGUUGCUCUGGGCCAGCGCGGGUUAUUCGCGCACACGCUCAAGUAUGAGGACUUGAUGGAGCGCAAGUCUGCCGCCGUGCGUGAGCUCUUGGAGGCUCUCGGCUGGCUGCACCUGGUUCCGAACGCCUCUGUCCUGGGCACGCCCGAGGCGGACCAGGUGUUUCUUCGGGAUGCACAUGCGGGUGGUGGCCUCGCCAAGGGCAGCGGGACUACCUUGGGGGGCGACAUGAAGCAGCUGGAGAGGUCGAAGCUGGCCGCAGCCUCUGGCCAGGGCGCCCGCGAGAACGCGCACCUGCCACAGCACCGUGCGGAGGUCGUGCGCGGAUUGAUGCGGCGCCAUGCGCUUCUGCAGCACCGCGGGUACAACUUGGACACCAGCCAGACCGACGGUGAGCUCAAGAAGCCCGAGCACAAGAGCGUGGAAUGUUGGUCAGGGAAGAGUGUCCUCGGUGGUGCUUGA